AUGAAUCGGUUCAGGACCAAGAAGAGGGUGAAGGAGGAGACAUCUGCUUUGUCUCGGCCCUCGCAGGAGUCUGAUUCCUCUCUCACUUUUCUGCCAUUUAGGAAGGGGAAGAAGGCACAGGAACCCGAUAAGGUCGAGAUCGACCUUUCGUCAGCGCUGCCGUCCACGGACGAAUUUCGUACGAGUCUGCUGAUGACCGGCCUGUCCGCACGAUUUUCCAUGUUGCGGGAACAGGAUGAUCCUAACACCAAGAUCGGCAAGGCUAGUGACGACAGCGUGCUGUAUCCCAAGAGGCAAUCUCGGCUAGACUAUGGCGGAUUCCGUGGCUUGGGAGACAUCGCCGAAGUGGAAUCACUCAAGGCGGCCGCUCCUUUUGCGCGCAAGAAUUCAUAUAAUUCGGACGAUGCAGAUUCCUUAACGGCCAACAGUAUGAUGGGACGGCCCAAACCUAACGAGGGCAACAACCUGUUCGGCGGGCGCCAGAAGAUCUACAAGAUCACAGCCGGAGCCGGCUCUAAAUCCGGUAUGGGUGGUCGAGCUCUAUACGACGACGACGUGGCCCUGUCGGCUUUUCAGAGGUGGAGGCAGGAAGAGAAGGAACGGAAAUCGUUCGACGGCGACGAGGAGCGAGAGGACGCUAGCAACCGGAGCUCGGGCGACGUAGAGGCUCUCCGCGCCGAAUCCCCAGUCGGCGGUUAUAAUCGGAAGCGAGAGACCACGUCCACGACAUCCUCCAUCCCAUCCAUGGCGAGAAACUCGACUGCCGCUACCUCAGUUACCUCCCAACGGACCCCGUCACUCAAGGAUUGGCAACCGUCGACUGCCCCCACCACCAGCUCGGAAAGAGGUGUGACACGAGCCAGGCGAUUAUACGAGCCCGGCCUGAACCACGACCUCCAGGAGCAGCAGUCCUUCGCAUUGUCGCGAAUCGACACGCUGACUCGACAACGGACCUUCGGCACCCGCACGCCUGACCUGGUCCAAAAUUCGCCGUCGCCGACAGCUGUGGGAUUUCCCGAGCGGCUGGGGAGCGAGCGUAAGAUCCUGGCCCAGUCUAGUGCGCCGAACCUGCGAUCGAUGAGCCCCCCUACCACCGCCUCCUCCGCCGGAACUCUGGAUCUAGGCGUCCGGAUACCUAGUGCGACGGGAAUACGACCUGACUUUGGUGGAGUACCCCCUGUGAGCCCACCCAUCAGCGAGACAGAAGAAAAUUCGAUUCUCCCCAUCCACCCCAACGAUCGGGGUAAAGCUACCGCCUUAGGUGUCUUCCAGAAACCCUCCCAGCCGUACGACGAUUCGCUAUAUGCCCAGCGGCAGUUGCAGCGGCAGCAAGGACGAGAGACACCCAUCCAGAAGCCCCGCGAGGAGCCCGAUGUAUCAAGGUCAUCAUCGCCCACUCAGAAGAAGGAAUCGGCGCCUCAUACCGACUCCCUACCCACUGCGGCCGAACCUUCGGUGAAGGAAGAUGUGCCGGUAUCUUUUCUAGCUGAUCCAAACGACUCGGAUUACUCGCCCGCGGUAUCUCCUAAGCCCUUUGCAUCUCCCCAGGUCCUGCUUAGGCGCCCGUCAGACAGUAAACAUCCGGCACUUCGCGAUUCCGGUGCCGCAAAGUCGGCCGAUGAACCAUCAACCCCAGAAAAUACGUCUUCGCGUGCCACCGACUCCAAAGAUCUUUCUCCCGAAGAUUCUCCCACCUUAGGUCCUGUCACGGGAGCCGGCCUGAGCGGCAUGGUUCGACAGCAUCUCCGGGGUGAUAGCAACGGCUCGUCGAUCUACGGGGUCCUGCCUCAGACUUACGAUCUCGACUCGCGGUUUCAGGCGGAGCCAGAGGCCACCGGGGCCUUUGACGACUUGAGAACAGGUAUGAGCCCUUGGGACCUAGCAGACGGCGGGCGUGACUGGACUCUGGACUUGGAUGUUACCGAACCUCUCGCAGAUGUUCAAUCUCGAUCCUCCAACGUGCCCGAGUCCGAAGACUUAACCUCUAGCGCAAGUUCCGGCAUCAUACCCAUAGGACGCGAUGACCGAGACGAAUUCGCGAGCCAACUGGCCGACAGGGCUCGCCGGGUACGUGAGCGGUUAACUACCUAUGUCGAGUCGGACAGCCGUUCUACCCCCUUUGGCCAGCCAGGAGACACAUCAGACGCGAGGGACCAGCCUCCACACACCCGACAGACCGGGAUGGGUCCCCUGCAGUCACGGACCAGUCGGGGAUCGUUGAUUGAUAGAAGCCGAGAUCAAUCUAAGGCCAUGAAGAUGCUUGGGCUGGGGGCUUCGGGUAGUUCCCAAACAGGAAGCCCCGUGCGCGAACCGGCAAGGGAGGAGGGCUUCCGGGAAGUGAGGCCAGCUGAGCGCGACGAGCGAGAAGGUCCCGAGGAACCCCACGCCGGUCUACGCGCAUUUAGACAGGCACGACGUGAACUGCAGCGGGUAAAGGAGAUGGAAAUGCAAACUCGACGCCAGUAUCAACCUCAAGCCUCGACCUCGGACUCGUACUCGCCAAGAUCGACACCAACGAGGGAACGUCCGCUUACACAGUCAUCGCCUAGUCGGGAGCGCAACCCCCCCUCGGCACACCAUUACCAGCAGCGACCACCAAGUGAAGAGUUGAUACUGGGACCUCAGAGGUUCGGGUCGCGAGAGCAUCUACGGGCCGAGCGCGGGAGAAGUGAUUCGGACUCCAGUAAUGAUGGCCGGUCGAGCGGUCGCCCGCCAUAUCCCGCGAACAACGCCAAUUCUCAUCUAAAUGUGCAAACCGGGCCGAGCGGUGCCCGCCCCCCGAUGCGCUCUCCCGGCUUGCCUGGGACGGACAUCAAACGAUCGCCCAUAAUGCCUCCCCACCCCUAUCCGGGUUCCGCGGCAGCUAACCGGCCUAAUUUCGGGCCCGGUAGCAAAUUGCGGGUUCAGACCUCUCGCGGCUACGAGCCUGGCCAGCCCUCGCCCGCCUCCAUGCCCUCUCCGUACACUCCCAACGGUCCAUUGACCCCGGGGUCUCUUCCUUCUUCGCCCCGCCCGGUGCUCCCGUCACCAAGUCACGGUCAAGACUAUCCCCCCCCGAACGUGAACGAUCCUACGAGGCGUAGGGUCAAAACCAUGGACAUUUCAGACCCAACGUCGAUGAAGACCUCACGAGUUCCGACGGUUGCCCUGCCUCCCGACGCAGACCAGAAUAGAGACCGCAGCAACAGCCGAACUGCCCCGCCUUUGCCUCCCAUCAACCCAAGACGGAGACAGGAUGUUUCCCACACCCGGGCCGCCUUUGAAAACGGAAACGCGGGACGCGGAGACGUGGAAGCAAUGCUAGACCGUAGAAGAUUGCGUCCUGUCAACAACCCUGCUGUCCAUACUCACCACGGCGCGUUCAUCUAG